AUGGUAAAGAAAAAUAAGGGCAGAUCCUUGAGCGGUAGAAGGUCAGCCUUGGCAAUCAGCAAAGGGACCACUCGUCACUCAAGCCCAGUCACAAACUCGAAGGAAGGUUUUUAUUUUCCUCCACUAGAGAAAGAUAAACCUUCCAAUGACCCUCUUAUCAUUCAAGCCAUGAUAUUAAACAUCGAAGUACAGAGGGACUAUCUGGAUAGUGGAAGCGAAUGCGACGUAAUCUUCGAACAUUGCUUUCUCAAGCUCCCGGAGGCCCUAAGAGCCCGAAGAACGGAUCCCCGCGGCCCCCUGGUCGGUUUUUUCGGGGAACACGCAUGGCCAUUGGGAGAACUUGAUUUGGAUGUUACCAUCAAAGAUGGAGCAUAUGAAAGGACCGAAACACUGGACCUAUCGAUAGUGCGAUCUCCCUCGCCUUACAACAUCCUCUUGGGAAGGACUGUUAUCCAAAAGAUGGAGAUGGUCCCCUCGGUGAUACACGAGCUUGUCAAAUUCUAA